AUGACGAGUGAAGCUGAAAGUGAAACUUCAGGCUUGGAUAUAAAGCUAGACCAGGAGCAGCUGAGCUGCAAACGAGCUACUAAUGCUGAGCUGCGGACACCAUCUCACUUCCAGAUGGAGCUGUUUUCAGUGGAACCACAGCCUGGAGACAUCAUUGAGAUUUUUCACCCUGACAAUAAGGAUUGGGCCAUCUACGUGGGAGAUGGAGACGUGAUCCACCUGACUCCUUGCUCAGAUGAACCUCCCAGGACUGGCCUUUUUAAUAUCCCAAAUCUGUGGACCAAGACCAAGGCAACCAAGGAGCCCUUGAAGGAUGUGGCAGAGGGCAGUGUCUACAGGGUCCACAAUCACCUGGACCAAAAAUUCAGACCUCAGUCCGUGAAUCAGAUCAUCACUUAUGCAAACUGGCUAGUUCGUAACAGGGUCAAUUAUGAAUUUUUUAUUAUAUCCUAUGAGAAAUUUGUCAACGAUGUACGAUAUGGACAGAUACCUCGCACAUUGUCAAGUGAAAGUCCACAGCCUGGAGACCUCAUUGAGAUUUCUCGUAAACUCUGGUCACACUGGGCCAUCUAUGUAGGAAGUGGUUACGUGGUCCACCUGCCUGGUUCAGAUCUGUUCUCAUCCAUGUCCAACAGCAACGACAAAACCAUCAGAAUUUUCCACGGCAUAGUAAAGUGUGAACUUCUGGAAGCCGUAGUCAAAGGAGACAAGUACCGGGUCAACAACUACUUGGACAACAAGUACCGCCCCAAGCCCAUCAAAGAGAUUGUCUUGCUGGCAGCAGCUCAAGUGGGACAAACUCACUACUACAAAUUGCUGAUGUCAAACAGCAAACACUUCGCAACUGAGCUGAGAUAUGGCAAAGGCCUCUGCCAACAGUUUUCAGAGAAUCCACGACCUGGAGACAUCAUUGAGAUUUUUCACCCUGACUAUAAGGAUUGGGCCAUCUACAUGGGAGAUGGAGAUGUGAUCCACCUGACUCCUUGCUCAGGUGAUCAUACCAGGAGUGGCCUUUUUUACAUCUUCACCAAUCUGUGGACCAAGGCGGAGGCAAACAAGGAGGCAUUGAAGAAUGUGGCAGAGGGCAGUGUCUACAGGGUCCACAACCACCUGGACCAUAAAUUCAGACCCCAGUCCGUGAAUGAGAUUAUCACAUGUGCUGAGAGGCUAGCUCACAAAAGGGCGAAUUACAGAGUAUUUUUUAAAACCUAUGAGAAAUUUGUCAACAAUCUACGGUAUGGACAGAUACCUCGCACAUUGUCAAGUGAAAGCCCACAGCCUGGAGACCUCAUUGAGAUUUCUCGUGAAAUCUGGUCACAAUGGGCUGUCUAUGUAGGAGGUGGUUAUGUGGUCCAUCUGGCUCGUUCAGAUCCGUCAUCAUAUCUCUCCAGCAUCAAUAAAGCAAAAUCAGUUAGAGAUUCCAAUGGCACAGUGAAGCGCGAGCUCCUGGAGGCUUUGGUCAAAGGAGAUGAGUACUCAGUCAACAACCACCUUGACCACAAGUAUCGCCCAAGGCCCGUACAAGAGAUAGUCUGGCUGGCAGAGGCUAAAGUGGGAGAAACUCGCUUCUACCACUUUCUGAUGUCGAACUGUGAGACCUUUGCCAAUGAGCUGAGAUAUGGCAGUCCCAAAAGCCAGCAGGUCAGAUCCACGGGUGAGAGGUGGGGGAGGCCUCUGGGAGUUGUGUUCACAGAGGGGAAGAACAGCUGUGAGCACACAACACCCAUACUUAGAUAGUAGGACUGGCCAUGGAAUCAGUGUGCCUCAUUG